UGUACGAGUGGUUCCCAAAACUUGGGGGUUCGAAUUCGAAGGAGAAGAAGAACGAAGCGACAGAGUUCAACUGAAAAUGCGGCCGCACCUCUUCGCAGCGAAUCGUUGCUUGCUUCAUCUACCCGCUCUGUUCCGACCCUGCAACUCCGUUCUUCUUUCUCCGUCUCGUCCUAUUCUUCUCCGAAAAUCCAAUCCUCUGAUUCUCUCUCAAAACGCCUUCUUCACCUCGCGUUUUGCUCGCAAUCUUUCUGUGCGCGCCGCCGAUGUCAACGACGCCGGCUCUAUCGACUCGCCUCUCAUGCAGUCCAUGCAAAAGAAGAUCAAGGAUCAUCUCGAUGCAGAAUCAGUCUCUGUGAAAGAUGCAUCUGGUGAUGGUCGUCAUGUUAGUAUUGAGGUUGUGUCAGCUGCCUUUGAGGGACAAUCAGCUGUGAACAGGCAAAGGAUGGUGUACAAAGCCAUAUGGGAGGAGCUUCAGAGUACAGUUCAUGCAGUUGAUCAGAUGACUACCAGAACUCCUGCUGAAGCAUCUCAAUGAACUGAUAAAACAUCAUGAACACGUCACACGUUUGUUUAAGAAUACUGUCCCUGGUACAUGUUCUUGUUCUCUUUACAUUGAUCUUUAUGUUACUGUUCUCUCAAAAAUGAAUUAUGAAUCCAAAUUAUUGUUCUAAUCAAACGUCCAUCACCCUUCCCAGCAUGUUUUGUACAAUUGUGCAAAUAAUGCACGCCAGGGAUAGGCUUAUUAUGGUUAUAUUCAUCGCAACUCAUUUUUCACUUGUUCUUGGUCCAAGUCAUGGCAAUAAAAAUAGAGGAAACUACCAUCUGGGUCUACAA